AAUCAGAAAAAGUUACAAAUAGCAUAAUAUAUUAUAUUUGUAAAGAUAAUGUUCCAUUUAAAACAGUGGAAAAUGAAGGGUUCAAGAAUAUGAUCAAGACAAUAUGUCCAUUAUAUAAACUUCCUAGUCGCAAUACAAUCGAAAGAAGAAUUGAUGAUAUAUAUGAUGUAAUUGCUGGUGAUUUUCGAAAAACAUUGUCCACAGUACAAUAUGUUGCUGUAACUACCGAUGCAUGGACUGAAACAAUGCAAAUGAAAAGCUUCCUUAGUAUUACAUUACAUAUAAUUGUAGAAGCUCAUCUGGAAUCAAAGACAAUUGGCACUGUGGAACUAUUCCAAAGUCACACAGCCGAAUACAUUGGGAAAACAUUGGUAGAAACAUUGUCAAACUGGAGUGUGCAAAAAGAAAAUGUUGUUGCGGUUGUGACAGAUAGUGGUGCUAAUUUUAAAAAAGCAAUAAUUAAUGAAUUUACUGCCAACAAACAUAUUCCUUGUGUGGCCCAUACUAUAAACUUAGUGGUAGAAAAAGCAAUUGAAAAAACACAGGAACUUAAUGUCCAGACAAAAGUUAAAAGUGGAGGUGUCCCAGCAAUUAUGUCCAAAAUACGAGAAAUAGUAAAGUUUGUAAAAAGAAGUUCCAAGGCAAGUGAUUCCUUAAGAAAAUGUCAAAAAUUACAAGGUACGAUUGAAGGUAAAUACUUAAAACCAAUUUUGGAUGUUAGUACGAGAUGGAACAGUUCAUUUUAUAUGAUUGAAAGGUUUUCAACAUUGGCUAUUUAUUUAUCUCAAGUGCUUCUCGAGUUUAAUGGUACUGAUAUACCAGAGAUGGUAGCUGUCUCUGAGUUAAACUGUUUAAAAGAAAUGUGUGCUUUAUUACGACCUUUUGAAUAGUUAACCAGAGAACUUUCGACAGAAAAAACAGUUAUGUCCAGCAAAGUCAUUCCAUUAAUUGUAUGUACGAAAAAUGAAUUAAUAAAGCAAGGCCCUACCAUUACCAUAGCAAUACAACUAAAAAUAAAGCUGAUCGAAGAACUGGAUUUCAGGUGUGGAGCUUAUGAGCAAGGUCCAAUACUUCCGAUUUGUACGAUAUUAGAUCCGCGUUUUAAGGAUAUGCAUUUCAGGAAUCCUUUAAUAAAUGCUAAAGUUCAAAAAAACAUAAUUAAAAUGAUGGAUAAUGAUUAUGAUGAAAUGAUUAAUCUCACAGUACCAGAGGAAACAGUGAACCCUCCAAGUAAUCACAACCAAUAUGAUUUAUGGGGUCUUCAUAAAACAUUGGAACAAAAGCGAUCAGAUACGAGUUUAACUCAUAAUAAUUCAAGAGGUGAGUUAAAUCAAUACCUGCACAGAAAUGUCAUCAAAUUAAAUGAAGAUCCUUUGGUUGAAUGGGAAAACACAAAGGUAAUAUAUCCCAAGUUGUACAAGUUGGCAAUGAAAUAUUUACUGAUUCCGGCAACAUCUGUACCAUCCGAGCGUUUGUUUAGUAAAGCUGGAGCAACUAUCAGUAAAACCAGAAACCGAUUGACGGGCAAAAAUUUGUCAAAGCUUCUGUUCUUGCAGUCUUCCGAUAAAAAUCAAUGGGCUGAUAUUUUGUAAAUUAUUUUAAUUUUUACUAAUUUUUACUCGUAUUAUGUAAAAUGUGACUGACUUAGGUAACUUAAGUAACUACUUAGAAAAUAAUAUUGUAAAUAAUUAUAUGUGGAAACUGGAAAGUAAAUAAUGAAAUAAAUUAACUGUUAUCACUUAUCAGUUAUCAGUCUAUAUUUUUAUAUCGAUAUUUCGAUAUAUCGAUAAUUAUCUAGUGAUAUAUAUCAUAUAACGAUAUUGGUUGUUGUGAUAUAUCGCUACAUCGAUAUAUCGAAAUUAAAUUCAGUUUGGGCAUCCCUACCCAAACACUCCAAUAGGGAAUUGUCAAAUCGCCCAAUUGGCCGUAACCCACCAAUCCAUUAUUUUUGGCGGUAUUUGGUCAUUAAAGAUAGCCCAAUUGGCGAUAAACCGCCCAAUCUGGUAGCCCUGUGAUAAUCACCACCAGUCCAGACUACAACAGCACAAUCGGUUAAUUUCCCCCACCAAAAAAAGUCCGUAACAAAACUGGGCCGUUGUUUUGAUUUUUGUUUUCAGUCCAUAGUAUCUUAGUUCGUGGCACAAACACAAUAUAUAAAUACACAUAAUACAAACAUAUUAAAAUAAUUGAAACUGCGCAUGCGCACCACUCGAACGGAGGCAAUGAUUCUACUAAUUUCCGCUGCACUAUGCAGCGCUCGGCAGUCGGCAUCCAUCGCCGUUGAAGUUAAUAUUAGAAAAUAUUGUAUUUUAAUUCGCAGUCAAUUAUUAUAAUAUGGUCAUUAUUCCUACAUAAUUGCUAUUAUCAGUUAAUAAUUAAUAUUUAUCAAAAGAUAAUAUGCUAAUUAUCACUAAAUAUUUCGAAUUUAUUAUCUAUAUUAUUGUGUAUCACCACAUUAUUGUACGGUAUUAUCACCACUACACCGCGUACGCAGUGUCGCGGUAUUUGUCGUCGCCGCGUUGGCGUACAAUUAUUGUAUUAUGUGUCUUGUGUGUUGUAUCUAUGUAUGUGUAUUGUAACGACGUCUCGAUCUCGCGCUACCCCCCGCCAGCCCGCGCGAGCGACCGAUCCGCGCUCCUCGGUUCGUUACGACCGUUACGCUCGGUUCGCGUUUCCCUUUUUGGCAUUCUUAAUUUCUUAAAUUCUUUUCUCGACGUCCGAACCGUCAAGUGACUAAGCAUCCUAGCCGUACCCUUUUCUUUUAGUCGUCGCGACCCGAAGCGGCUUUUUCUCUGUCCGCUCGUCCAAAAAACCUUUGUUCCGUCACGCGACUUCUUGUUUCCGCAACGUUGUUAAAACACGUCCCGCAUAUUUUUCGCCUCCGCGAUUAUUAUUACUUUUUACUUCUGUAAUUAUUUGUUUGUUUCAAAUAUAUUUACAUCGUUUUUCUACACAUUAAAAAGUGUUUGUUCGUCAAGUUUUUCUUUUUUUUAUAUAAACCUUUUCUCGCUUCGAGACAGAACGAAGCGCAUAAAUUGCUGGCUGAUAGUGUGUCAACAAAAGCCACUAUCUCCACAUUAUUCUAAACUCUAUACCUGAGCAGCAGCUGCAAGCAGCAAGCUGUCGAGCGCUGUAGUAUUGUAGCGAGUAUUGUAGUUAUAUUUCUUAAUAUGUGAUUAUAUUGGUUUUAUAUUUUUGGUAAAAUGAAUCCUUUGUGUGAUCCGGUUGUCUUGUUACAAGAAACUCCAUACUAUAGGCGUUGGAAUACUGUCGAUAAAAAUGAUUUACUUAGGCAAGGUAAAUUAACUCCUCAUCUUACAUGUUUGUCCACUAAUUAGAUAAGUACUAAGGUAUUUAGUAGAUCAUUUAAUUGUAAUGUAUAUAAUAAACAUUCAUGGUUGUAUGGCAGUUAUUAUCUACAAAAGUUAUUUUGUUGGCCAUGUUUAUUGUUGGAUCAAACAAAAUCUGUUUGGGUUACAGAAGGCUAUAAUGACUUAAAAACUUUAUCCAGAAGCAUUGGAAGACACGAAUCUUCAAAAGAUCAUGUCCAUAAUCAUUUCAGCUUAAAAAAUUUAGAAAACAAUACAGUCACUAUUAUAGAUACACUUA